AUGGUCCAAAACAGUUAUGGUCCACUGACAGAGACAGUUGUCCCACUUACAGAUGGUCCAGUGGCAGAGACAGUUGUUCCACCUACUGAUGGUACUGUGGCAGACAAAGUUGUUCCACUUACUGAUUGUCCUGUGGCAGAUACAGUUGUUCCACUAACAGAUGGAACUGUAACAGAAACAGUUGUCCCACUUACAGAAGGUCCAGUGGCAGAGACAGUUGUUCCACCUACUGAUGGUACUGUGCCAGGGAUAGUUGUUCCACUAACAGAUGGCCCUGUGGCAGAUACAGUUGUUCCACUUACAGAUGGUCCAGUGACAGAGACGGUAGUCCCACUUACAGAAGGUCCUGUGGCAGAAACAGUUGUCCCACUUACAGAUGGUACUGUGGCAGAAACAGUUGUUCCACUUACAGAUGGUACUGUGGCAGAAACAGUUGUUCCACUUACAGAUGGUCCAGUGACAGAGGCAGUUGUUCCACUAACAGAUGGUCCAGUGACAGAGGCAGUUGUUCCACUUACAGAAAGUCCUGUGGCAGAAACAGUUGUCCCACUCACAGAUGGUACUGUAGCAGAAACAGUUGUUCCACUAACUGAUGGUACUGUGGCAGAAACAGUUGUACCACUAACAGAAGGUCCUGUGGCAGAAACAGUUGUUCCACUUACAGAUGGUACUGUGGCAGAAACAGUUGUUCCACUUACAGAUGGUCCACUGACAGAGACAGUUGUCCCACUUACAGAUGGUCCAGUGGCAGAGACAGUUGUUCCACCUACUGAUGGUACUGUGGCAGACAAAGUUGUUCCACUUACUGAUUGUCCUGUGGCAGAUACAGUUGUUCCACUAACAGAUGGAACUGUAGCAGAAACAGUUGUCCCACUUACAGAAGGUCCAGUGGCGGAGACAGUUGUUCCACUUACUGAUGGUACUGUGGCAGAGACAGUUGUUCCACUUACUGAUGGUACUGUGGCAGAAACAGCUGUCCCACUUACUGAUGGUACUGUGGCAGAAACAGUUGUCCCACUUACAGAUGGUACUCUGGCAGAAACAGUUGUUCCACUUACCGAUGGUCCACUGACAGAGACAGUUGUUCCACUAACAGAUGGUCCAGUGACAGAGGCAGUUGUUCCACUUACAUAUGGUUCAGUGACAGAGACAGUUGUUCCACUUACUGAUGGUACUGUGGCAGAGACAGUUGUACCACUUACAGAUGGUCCAGUGGCAGAGACAGUUGUUUCACCUACUGAUGGUACUGUACCAGGGAUAGUUGUUCCACUAACAGAUGGCCCUGUUGCAGAUACAGUUGUUCCACUUAUGGAUGGUACUGUAGCAGAAACAGUUGUACCACUUACAGAUGGUCCUGUGGCAGAAACAGUUGUUCCACUUACUGAUGGUACUGUGGCAGAUAAAGUUGUUCCACUUACUGAUGGUCCUGUGGCAGAUACAGUUGUUCCACCUACUGAUGGUACUGUGGCAAUUACAGUUGUUCCACUUACAGAAGGUCCAGUGGCAGAGACAGUUGUUCCACCUACUGAUGGUACUGUGGCAGAUACAGUUGUUCCACUAAUGGAUGGUACUGUAGCAGAAACAGUUGUACCACUUACAGAUGGUCCUGUGGCAGAUACAGUUGUUCCACUUACUGAUGGUACUGUGGCAGAUACAGUUGUUCCACUUACUGAUGGUACUGUGGCAGAGACAGUUGUUCCACUUACUGAUGGUACUGUGGCAAAUACAGUUGUUCCACUAACAGAUGGUCCUGUGGCAGAAACCGUUGUUCCACUAACAGAUGGUCCUGUGGCAGAAACAGUUGUACCAGUUACAGAAAGUCCUGUGGCGAAAACAGUUGUCCCACUCACAGAUGGUACUGUAGCAGAAACAGUUGUUCCACUAACUGAUGGUACUGUGGCAGAAACAGUUGUCCCACUUACAGAAGGUCCUGUGGCAGAAACAGUUGUCCCACUUACAGAUGGUACUGUGGCAGAAACAGUUGUUCCACUUACAGAUGGUCCACUGACAGAGACAGUUGUCCCACUUACAGAUGGUCCAGUGGCAGAUACAGUUGUUCCACUUACAGAUGGUCCACUGACAGAGACAGUUGUACCACUUACAGAUGGUCCAGUGGCAGAGACAGUUGUUCCACCUACUGAUGGUACUGUGGCAGAUAAAGUUGUUCCACUAACAGAUGGAACUGUAGCAGAAACAGUUGUCCCACUUACAGAAGGUCCAGUGGCAGAGACAGUUGUUCCACUUACUGAUGGUACUGUGGCAGAGACAGUUGUUCCACUUACUGAUGGUACUGUGACAGAAACAGUUGUCCCACUUACUGAUGGUACUGUGGCAGAAACAGUUGUCCCACUUACAGAUGGUACUGUGGCAGAAACAGUUGUUCCACUAACAGAUGGUCCACUGACAGAGACAGUUGUUCCACUAACAGAUGGUCCAGUGACAGAGGCAGUUGUUCCACUUACAGAUGGUCCAGUGACAGAGACAGUUCUUCCACUUACUGAUGGUACUGUGACAGAGACAGUUGUACCACUCACAGAUGGUCCAGUGGCAGAGACAGUUGUUUCACCUACUGAUGGUACUGUACCUUGGAUAGUUGUUCCACUAACAGAUGGUCCUGUUGCAGAUACAGUUGUUCCACUAAUGGAUGGUACUGUAGCAGAAACAGUUGUACCACUUACAGAUGGUCCUGUGGCAGAGACGGUUGUUCCACUUACUGAUGGUACUGUGGCAGAUAAAGUUGUCCCACUUACUGAUGGUCCUGUGGCAGAUACAGUUGUUCCACCUACUGAUGGUACUGUGGCAGAUACAGUUGUUCCACUUACAGAUGGUCCAGUGGCAGAGACAGUUGUUCCACCUACUGAUGGUACUGUGGCAAAUACAGUUGUUCCACUUACUGAUGGUACUGUGGCAGAUACAGUUGUCCCACUUACAGAAGGUCCAGUGGCAGAGACAGUUGUUCCACUUAUGGAUGGUACUGUAGCAGAAACAGUUGUACCACUUACAGAUGGUCCUGUGGCAGAAACAGUUGUUCCACUUACUGAUGGUACUGUGGCAGAUAAAGUUGUCCCACUUACUGAUGGUCCGGUGGCAGAGACAGUUGUUCCACUUACUGAUGGUACUGUGGCAGAUAAAGUUGUCCCACUUACUGAUGGUCCUGUGGCAGAUACAGUUGUUCCACCUACUGAUGGUACUGUGGCAGAUACAGUUGUUCCACUUACAGAUGGUCCAGUGGCAGAGACAGUUGUUCCACCUACUGAUGGUACUGUGGCAGAUACAGUUGUUCCACUUACUGAUGGUACUGUGGCAGAUACAGUUGUCCCACUUACAGAAGGUCCAGUGGCAGAGACAGUUGUUCCACUUACUGAUGGUACUAUGGCAGAUAGAGUUGUUCCACUUACUGAUGGUCCUGUGGCAGAUACAGUUGUUCCACUUACUGAUGGUACUGUGGCAGAUACAGUUGUUCCACUUACUGAUGGUACUGUGGCAGAUACAGUUGUACCACUUACAGAUGGUCCAGUGGCAGAGACAGUUGUUCCACCUACUGAUGGUACUGUGGCAGAUAAAGUUGUCCCACGUACUGAUGGUCCUGUGGCAGAUACAGUUGUUCCACUUACAGAUGGUCCAGUGACAGAGAUAGUUGUUCCACUUACUGAUGGUACUAUGGCAGAGACAGUUGUACCACUUACAGAUGGUCCAGUGGCAGAUACAGUUGUUUCACCUGCUGAUGGUACUGUGCCAGGGAUAGUUGUUCCACUAACAGAUGGUCCUGUUGCAGAUACAGUUGUUCCACUAAUGGAUGGUACUGUAGCAGAAACAGUUGUACCACUUACAGAAAGUCCUGUGGCAGAAACAGUUGUCCCACUUACAGAUGGUACUGUGGAAGAUACAGUUGUUCCACUUACAGAUGGUCCAGUGACAGAGAUAGUUGUUCCACUUACUGAUGGUACUAUGGCAGAGACAGUUGUACCACUUACAGAUGGUCCAGUGGCAGAUACAGUUGUUUCACCUGCUGAUGGUACUGUGCCAGGGAUAGUUGUUCCACUAACAGAUGGUCCUGUUGCAGAUACAGUUGUUCCACUAAUGGAUGGUACUGUAGCAGAAACAGUUGUACCACUUACAGAAAGUCCUGUGGCAGAAACAGUUGUCCCACUUACAGAUGGUACUGUGGCAGAAACAGUUGUGCCACUUACAGAUGGUACUGUGGCAGAAACAGUUGUUCCACUUACAGAUGGUCCACUGACAGAGACAGUUGUUCCAUUAACAGAUGGUCCAGUGACAGAGGCAGUUGUUCCACUUACAGAUGGUCCAGUGACAGAGACAGUUGUUCCACUUACUGAUGGUACUGUGGCAGAGACAGUUGUACCACUUACAGAUGGGCCAGUGGCAGAGACAGUUGUUUCACCUACUGAUGGUACUGUGCCAGGGAUAGUUGUUCCACUAACAGUUGGUCCUGUGACAGAAACAGUUGUUCCACUUACAGAUGGUCCUGUGGCAGAAACAGUUGUCCUACUUACAGAUGGUCCAGUGGUAGAGACAGUUGUUCCACCUACUGAUGGUACUGUGGCAGAUACAGUUGUUCCACCUACUGAUGGUACUAUGGCAGAUACAGUUGUUUCACUUACUGAUGGUACUGUGGAAGAUACAGUUGUUCCACUAGCAGAUGGUCCUGUGGCAGAGACAGUUGUUCCACCUACUGAUGGUACUGUUGCAGAUACAGUUGUACUACUUACAGAUGGUCCAGUGGCAGAGAAAGUUGUUCCACUCACAGAUGGUACUGUUGCAGAGACAGUUGUGCCACUUACUGAUGGUACUGUGGCAGAAACAGUUGUUCCACUUACAGAUGGUACUGUUGCAGAGACAGUUGUUCCACUUACAGAUGGUACUGUAGCAGAUACUGUAGUACCUGAAAAUGAAGGAAACAAAUAA